CGGGAAUAUUAAUUACGGGAGCGUCAUGCGAUAUCUAGUCUAGGGGGUCUGUAUAAAGGAGCUGUUUCAUCUGUUGUAUUUUGCACAAAAUUAUGACAAAACCUGUCGCUACUAGCGCUGGCUGCCGCCAGGUUGUGGCCUGCUGGGUAGUUCUGCUAACCUUCACAGGGACACUUACCUUCGGCACUGCACCUCCAUUGGCGAACGCUGUCGCAGUGUCCCUGAAGAGUGGCGGUUAUCAUACGGCGAGUACAGAACAAGAAAUCGGGCGGCCGGGUGAAGAAAAUGACACAUAUGAUGGUCCUAUGAGUGCCGCAGCCAGGGUUCGCGCCCAAUUUUCACGACCUCCCCGGCUGGUGAAGAAAGUGUUGCAGGAUGCCGGCACCACCAGUAGCUCUGCCUGUGACACGACAAAAGCUGCACGCCAUCCUGCUAGGCGAGAGAAUGCAUCUUCGCAAAAGCGAAGGACUCGUCUCUCGUUUAUCUCACGGGCUCUAGCAGCUCUGUUGCUGCAGGCGCAGCUGUCGGGAGGCCAAACACGCGAUGUCGGGACGAUUCCUGCCUCCCCAGUCGUGCCAACGUACGUGUCGCAAUGCGGUAGAAUGGAUGGAGAUGAAAAUUCACCAGAAAGCUGGUUGGGUGCUUCCAGCGGGAGCGGCCUGUUGGAUCAACUGGUAAGGCAGCUGACGGACAAAACCGACGACCUGUCCGGCGUCGAAGGAGGUGAAACAAGAAGUAAAGCGCAAAGCACCACUUCCGCGCUUUCUGCCGAAGCUGGACAUCAGGAUGAGAUCUGCGUGCCCAGCAGUGCUGCAACGUCUUUGCGCAAGGAAAGAUCGCAAACGGGAGCGCCGAAAAGUUCUGUCCUCCAAGAAGAGCUCGCUCUUUGGGAAGAGUUCAAGAGGAACAGACGAGAGGCAGCAGUUCCUGGUGGAUCUGGGGCAAGAAAUACAAGGAUUUUCGCCUUCUGGGAUUUCUUGGAUUCCAGAAUGGAAAAGACGCCGAUCGAAGAACGCAGCAACAUCGAGGAAAGGAAUCGACAGCAGAUGGACCGACGAGCUCGAUCUACCACCGUCUCACUAGACAAGAAAAUCUGGGACUUCGCGACCUUGGAAAACCCAAAUCUGAAAACGGUAGAUUCGUUUUUGCGAAGUUUUGUCGCGGAUUUGAAGAACUUGAAUAAGGUUGACUUCUCCAAGAACUUGCCACCAUGUAAUUCGUGGUCUUCUCCAGCAGCUACGCCUACACCUGCUGCGGUACCGGCGCAAGGCAUGCGGGUACCGUCUCAACUUCACCCGAAUGUGCAAGCAAUUCUCGAACGAGGUGUCCCGGUGAAGUCUGAAGACCCCGCAGCCCACGGGCAACAACAUCAGCAGGACGUGAGACCGGGGGCUAGACGAGUAGAAACUGCUGCUCACGAUCCUGUUUAUAGCCCGUCCCUGUCCGACACCGACUCCUACCGGGUGCAAUCGUUCAGCAACGAAAAAAAUAAAAAUCCACCUGCCCUUUCAAUGAUGUUGAGCAAGCCUCCCGCUAACACUCACCUGCAGAACACCUGGGCAGCGGAAAUCGAUGAUUUGGACGACGCUGAAAAUUUCGAUGGCGGAGAAGACGAGGAUACUCAGUACAGCAUCGCUAACGUAGUGGCGCAUAAAACAAGCUCAGCGGGUGUACAACUUUUGCACGACGAGAACGGUGAAGCACUACCGCCGGAAAUUUCAAUCUCCGACUGGAUGAAACGAGCGGAAACCAUGCAGUUCAUGCAGGGCGGAAUGUUUUUCGAUGAAGAACAAGAAGGUCAUGAAGGUGGGGCCCCUGAUGUUGUGCCUGAAAUGGUGGGAAAUAUUGUCAGUGGUGCUCGCAACGACGACGAAAACAGAAAAGAUGCGGACACUGACCCGUCUGUGCGGUCAUCAUUAAGUGAAGGGGCGGUGAGUACAGAUGGUGCAGCAGCAGCAGCCAAGGACGAUAUGAACUGCAGCUGCGAAGACGUGACACCGUACCUGGAGAAUCUAGUUGUGCCGCCGUUUGACAUGACGCCGUUGGCGCGGAACGGACGAGAGACCGUGGCUCCCAGGAUUUCUCUCCUCCCUAGGAAUGGCGAAAACAACGCAGAGGACAUAGCUGCAGCAGGACCUACCGGAACAGGAUCUGCAUCUUCGACGCUGCGAAUCUCGAAUGCCCUCGGAGUCCCAAGCGAUUGGAGAAGAGGUGCAGCGUUGGCUUCUGCUGCAGCUGGUCGCUCACCUUCAUAUAGAGAUGAAAAAGGUGAUCUUCCCGCGUGUUCUUAUCCCUAAGAAAAAUCGCGCCAUACCGUCGCGAUUCGUGGGCUUUUUUUAUUCUAGGCAAGGCCUGGCGUGUCUGAGGCUAACAAAAGCGCCACCGCCCAGGGCUAUCCAAAGCCUUCGCCGCGCAUCAUCCAGAGGGUCGCGCUUUCGUGCUUAGCGCAGCCCCAGCUCAUGCGCCAGGGAACGCUCUGCACACUGACAGAAUAACCGCCGGCCACUGCGUCCAAGUUCGCGCGCCCGGGCGCGAGCUGAUGCCCCACCCAAAGAGCCCCCCCAAGCCGGGGCUACGCCGGCGGUCGCACCGGGCCGCGGCAGUGUGCGCGCCCACUCGUCUCUCUUUGUGUCAGGCAGCAGAUGAUGGCCCCUCCGGUGUUGUCUUUGGUGCCUGCGCCGUGCCGUCGGUCCUAAAUUAGGACCGGUGGGGCGCUGGCUCCAUAAAAUGAUAUGUAUAUGGCUAUGGGACCACGUCCACGAAGCAAAGAUGGUGCUUCAGCUGCGCACGUUCCCGCUCGUGCAUAGAUAAGAACACUACUGCAGCGACCUGCUGUGGUGUUUUGGGAUGAAGCAGAGUUGUAGCUUCGGCUCCAAAUGUUCCCGUUCUCGUUUUCUGUUGUUCUUAUCCUCCAACUCCGUGCAUAGAUAAAGAAGUUCUCAUCUAUGCACGGAGAUGAUUGGACGAUCAGAAUUGAAGCUUCUCCUCCAGAUGUUCCCGUUCUCUCAAAAGUGCUGUUCUUAUCCCUCCUGUUCGUGCAUAGAUAAGAACACCAUUUUUAGGUCGUUACAAACAUGUUCUUAUCUAUGCACCAUUUGGAGGAUAAGAACAGCAUUUUUGCGAGAACGGGAACCUCUGGCGCAGAAGAUGUCAUUCUGCUUCGUGCCAGCCACCAACUUCAGGUCGUUACAAACGUGUUCUUAUCUAUGCACGGCGUGGAGGAUAAGAGCAGCAGUGUUCGAGAACGGGAACAUUUGGCGCAGAAGCUCCAACUCUGCUUCAUGCCAAAACAUCAAUGCCAGGGCGUUGCAGUAGGUGUUCUUAUCUAUCUCUCCGAAGCGUUCAAACGAGUACCAGGCGGGAAGCUUUCAAGGUCUUCUGCCAGUGCGUCCACCAUCGCCGCGAAAGCGGUGCCAACGGUGAGUGAGUGGGGCGGUGGGUGGGAGAUUGGGUUGCGCUUGAAGAGUUCCAAGGGGUCACGAGGGGCCUGCGCACCAAGUCCGCACGAGCCGGCUUGCGGCCUUUUUUGGGUUGCGAGUACGUAGGGCCCGGGGCCGCGGAAAAGAUGCUCGCCUGCGCCGGAUGGCUGUGUUGUGAGUGCCCGUUGGGCGCGUCGAUCUGCGCAGUGGGGGGGCCUCAUUAGUCUGGGUCUAGGUUCGCCGGGGUGCUGAAAUGCCUGCUGGUUCCUCUAGAACGACGCCUGGGCCGCGUGCAAAAACCCACCAGGGGAGGCAACAGCACUUCUACGCAGGCGCGACCAUAAAAACUGCAGCGCCUGCGCUGGCGCAAAAAAAAAAGGCAAAUCCCGACGGUAUGCUGCGAAUUUCUUUAGGGAUAAGAACAGUGCUGAAGAUCACCUAUUUCGUCUCUAUACUUCAGCUCUUUCUAGUGCUGCUGCUGGCCCACACGGAAUGAUCCCAACGCCGACUUACCAUCCGGAGUACCUCCUGCAGGAUCUCCUAUCAGGCCGAGAUCUUCCACUUCCGCUUGAGGAGAACAGCAUCUCCUCGCAGAAUUACGGUUUUGGCAGAGGGAUGGAGACUGAUGUAGAACCCGACGCGAAUUUGUCCGCACCAUCUUCCGGUAGCAAGAACGGUAAAAAAAGCAACAGGAGUCUUGUUGCAGACAGGGCGGGAGAUUCACUCUACUUGUCGUUGUCGCCCCAGACUGAAGAUGGUGAACUGAAUCUGACGCAGAGCAACGAGUCGAGCACCGACGAAGCGCUGGUCUCGGCGAUGAUGGAAGUGUUGGCGAAAGAAGAAGAAGAACACAAUGGCGCUGCUCUUGGUGGUACUGAUUCGGAUUCCAGCGUAGUGGAAAUCUCGGAGAUCAGCGCCAUCGACAGUUUAACACCUGCUUCUCGUCCCGAGCUGCAAUACAAGCUCGAUUUGUUUCUCAACUACCUGGUCACAUUGACGACCCUCCACGCCAAGGCUCUGUGUGAGCCCGGACUGCCACUCUGCGUGGCAAGACAAGAUUUGAAGGAGAAGUAUGGGGGUUUGGCAAAGCUGAGCUUUGAUCUGGCAAAGAGAUUUGCUUUGUCGAACGUGGAACAUCACGCCCAUUAUCCUGGUUCCGCUGGCAAGAGUGAAGCAGCUACUUUUACUUCUGCACCAAAUAAGAUCAUCGACCACUACCUGUCCCGCCUCCACGUGUUGCUCAAAGGAGCUCUCCUCUGCCCCAGCGCCACUUAUCAGUUCGCGGGAAAUGUUUUGGAAGACGCGCAACACAAACUUCGGCUCGCCCCCGACCCGCAAGCACUGUUGCAGGAAGAAUGUUACGAGAAGGAGCUGCGAGGACUUGUGAUGAUGGCAGAGGUGACGCCUGCACGCACUCGCGCGGCCGCAGCGCGCGGUAGCGGUUUCGAUGGUUUUUCGCACCAGCACGAUGUCAGUCAUCUCUAGAUGAAGGGUGCGCGGACGGCCGAUGCGCUUCAGAAAGUAUUGGGUCAGUAGUAAACGUAGAAAUGCAGCCAGGAUGAAACAAGAACAACUACACUAGCCAGUUACAAGGGGGAACUUUCAUACGUAAGCAAUAAAGUGUCACUGCAUAUACCAUGGAGUUAGUUUCAUGAGCUUUGUUCAUUUCCAUUUGUCUAAAAUGAUGGUCCACUUUCAAGUCUGACAAAGGUUAAGGUACUACAAGUUCUGCUACGAAAAAUUUUGACCCUUUUUUGUGAAUAAAGAUCUAACUGAGUCUCAGCCUGUUGUACUCGCUCCUUGCUGCUUUUGUAAUUCUCGAUUUGCACUGUAGGCAGGGCAAAUGCAAGUGGAGCCAUAGAGCCGAUGAUUGCAAACUAGAUGCAGCUCGAU